AUGUCAAUCGAUUUCCUUCGGGGGUCGAUCUCCUCAAUAUUCCCGGUCAAAGACCUCGUGGGCGUCUUCAUAGCUCUCAAUCUUUGCGCCUGUGUCGUGGUCUUCGUAGGCCGGAAAUGGAAGUCCUCUUCCCAUCACACCGCUAGACCUGCUACCCCAGACCUGGAGAAGCCAGCGGCAAGAUUCAACAGUCGAGAGAAGUUAACACGGGAAUUUGGCGAGUGGAAGCCGUCGGAUUUCAAGAGGCCUACGGCAACACCUUUGCCAGACUGGGACGUUCAUACCUCGAAGCCGAUUCCGUAUCGGCCUUUUCGAUAUGGCCCGAAAUACUUUGUCACGAUGGGUUUGCGGAGUAUGAAGUGGGACGAAUGGAUUGAACUCGACAAUCACUACCUCAAAUACCACGCCGAUAAAAAGAAGCGUAUCGAAGAGCGUGGCGAGAAAUGCUACGGCACCGCACCAGAAGCAAUGGACGGAGCAAUCGAGCUUCUCGAAGAACUGUAUGCCCCUCCUAUCUACAACCAGAUCUAUACCAUUAAUCAUGAUCCCCAAAAAACCAUACAUACUAACCAUCCCUCAAGAUGCGACUACCUCCCCGAACGAUACCCAACAAUGUUCCAAAAGACCCCGACAGGCAUCACAAACACCAUCACCAACGAAACCUUCAACAUAACCCAACGUCCCCUCCCAGAAGACCCCAUGGCCACAGCAGCCCGCCUAGUCCAAGACGACCUAGCCCUAAUGUUCGAACGGCCCGAUGGCGAAUACUACCUCCUAGCCGGCGCAAUCCUACUCGCCGGAUUCUGGCGUCUAAGCGAUAAAUUCGGGAUGCCAUUAUCCGAAAUCCACACCUCGGGGGACGUCCCCCAAUUCCGCGAAAAGCUGCAGCGCGGCAUGAUGAAUUUCUUCCGCCGACUACGACCCGAAGAGCCCGUGCUGAGAAACAACUAUUUCAUUCAGGUGGAUGAUAGUCUGGCGUGGUCGCAUAGUAUUGGGUCUGAGGAUGCGGAGACGGUGUCGUGGAAUACGGCAGCGAAGAAUAAGGCUAUUGAGCAUCAUUUUUUCAGGUCCGAGAGACAGUCGUUAAGGAGGUUGCCUAGAUCGGGUGCGGUGGUGUUUACUAUUCGGACGUAUUUUGAGCCCAUUACCGAAAUUGUUAAGGAGCCGUAUGUUCCGGGACGGUUGGCUUCUGCGAUUCGGAGUUGGGGGGAUGAUGUUUCAAGGUAUAAGGGGAAGGAGAAGUAUGAGGAGGUGUUAUUGGAGUAUUUGGAUGCUAAGCAUGAGGAGCAGGUCAAGGCGGGUUUGGAGGUGGAGAAGGAGGAUGAGGUGCGGAGUUAUCCUUUAUAG